AUGGUGGAGAGAGGAGUAACUGUUGUUCAUGGGACGGUGUCGAGUGCGAUGAGGACUCUAGCCAUGUUAUUGGUCUUGACCUCCGAAGCAGCUGUCUUUAUGAGGCUUGACCUUUCAGAUAAUGACUUCGAUGGAUCUGAAAUACCAUACAGAUUGGGUCAUGAUCUGACGAGUUUAACAUAUCUCAACCUUUCAUAUUCAGCCUUUUUCGGCCAAAUUCCGUCAGAAAUUUCGAAGCUAUCCAAGUUGUCUACUCUUGAUCUCUCUUCUUAUAGUAGCCAUUUAAAAUGGACAAAGAGAAACCUGAGAAGCCUCGUUCAAAACUUGACCAACAUAAAAAAGCUUCAUCUUAGAGAGGUAGACAUAUACUCCACUGUGCCUGAUAUCUUGGUAAAUGCAUCUUCUCUUACAUCUCUUCAACUUGACAAUUGUGGGUUGUAUGGGGAAUUCCCAGUUGGCAUUUUCCAUCUACCAAACUUAGAGGCUCUUUAUGUGAGCUAUAACUCAGACCUAACACGCUAUUUUCCCACCUUUAACAAGUGCAAUGUUUUCAAGAAAUUGGAUAUUGCCAGCACGAAUUUCUUUGGCCAACUGCCUACCUCCCUCGGAAACCUUCAUUCCUUGAUUGUGUUUGCCAUCUCAUCGUGCAAUUUUCAUCCCAAUGUUCCAUCUUCAAUCGGAAACCUUACCCAACUCAGUUACCUUUCCAUGUAUUCAUUUAAUGACGUUUCCAAAGGCAAGCUAUCUGUUUCUUUUUCUUGGGUUGGAAAACUAACCAAACUCUACCACUUGAGCCUUGGAGAUACCAACAUAAAGGGAGAAUUUCUAUCUUUUGUGUCUAACCUGACACAACUUGAAUAUCUAGACUUGGCCGCUAAUGAAAUAUCAGGUCAAAUCCCAUCUUGGCUUAUGAAGUUGACCCAGUUAACCACUCUAACCCUUGGUGAUAACAAUUUGCAAGGACCAAUUCCUAGGUCGCUCUUCCAACUCAAAAAUCUUGAAUAUCUUUUUCUUUCCAGUAAUAACUUGAGUGGGUUGGUUGAGUUUGAUCAGUUUUCCAAGCUGAAAAAGUUGAAGAGCCUUGAUUUAUCGAACAACUUGUUAUCUGUGGAGAUAAGAAAUGAUUUAAGUGCUACUCUUCCAAAGCUUGAAACUCUAGCACUGGGCUUCUGCAACUUAACGGAGUUUCCAAAAUUUUUGAAAAAUCAAUCCGAAUUGACUAAGCUAGACCUUUCUCGCAACUAUAUUCACGGCCCAAUACCGAAAUGGUUCUGGAAUGCAACUAUUGAAACUUUGUUGACACUCCGUCUAUAUGACAACUUUUUGACAGGAUUUGACCAAUAUCCAGGCAUUCUCCCAUGGACAAAUAUGAUCUUUCUGGGUCUUGGGUUUAACAUGUUACAAGGACCUCCGCCAAUUCCACCGCAAUCAAUCAAAUUAUAUGAUGUCGAAAACAACGAAUAUACUGGAGAAAUUUCACCUCUAUUCUGCAACUUCAAUAAUCUCCAAGUUCUCGAGUUGUCCAACAACAACCUUAGUGGCAUGCUUCCACAAUGUUUGGGGGCACUUCCAGAAUUACGGAUCCUCAUUUUGCGGUCUAAUGGAUUUCAUGGCGUAAUUGGGAAGCCUGCAACUAAACAUGAGUUCCCAAAUUUGCGCAUCAUUGACUUAUCUAACAAUGGUUUCUCGGGGGACUUGGCUGCUCUUGAAUCGUUAGAUCUCUCCCAGAACCAGCUCUCAGGAAGGAUCCUGAGUAAUUUAGCACAACUCACUUUCCUUGCAUAUUUUAAUGUAUCCCAUAACUAUCUCUCCGGGCCUAUACCACUUGGCGAACAAUUCAAUACAUUCCAGGAGGACUCGUACGAAGGAAACUCAGGUCUGUGUGGAAUGUAUCUGCCAAAGAAAUGUGAAGAUUCUGAGAGCUCAACGCGGCCACCACCAUCAAUCGUGGAAGAAGAUGAAGACUCUGUAUUUCAAAUUGCACUAGAUUGGUACGUGGUUGUGCCAGGAGUUGUUAGUGGUCUAAUAGUUGGAGUGGUUGUUGGGAACAUAUAG